UCUCCACUGUCACAACAUCAUGAGGGAUUGCAGCACAGUCAAUGACACAACGCAAGCGACUGUCGUCUAUCGUUACAUAUUCACAUAAUUAUCACUUAAAACCUAAUAAAAUCUUUGAAAUGCAUGGCUGUAAGGUGUAAAACAUGGCAAGGUUAAGCGGGUUUGAAUACUUUUUCGAGGCACUGUAAACUUUGAGCAAAGUAUAAUCAGUUUUCCAGUAAGGUUCGACACGCCCUUCACCAACGUGGGAUGAACAAACGCGUUCACAUAGAAUCACACAGAAAAGAUAAACAGAUAUAUACUUUGCAGAUCUGAAACUGAAAGUGGUUGAGGGGGGUGGAGCCAGAUCAGGAGAGGCAGAAGGAGAUCGUUGUGAAACAAAAAGUUUUCCAGUUCUUUCAGAGAAACGGGAGAGACAAAGAUGCAUUGUCUUCGAGAUGAGAGUGAUCUCAUCCCUCGACCUCGUGGGAGUUUACCAAAAGUUUGUGCUGCGUUGCUGGCUACCAUAGCAACAGGGGUAUUCCUGCUUAUGUCCCCUGGUAGGCUGAUUAACCUGUUAGCAUUAGCAACACUAAUUGUGACUCUUGGGCCUCUGCUACAUGGACUCUGUCUGCUGGCUGAGGAGGUGCUGCACCAUUUGAACACAAGAUAUCAAGGCCGAUCACUGCUCAGCCACGUUCUGCCAGCCUGUGGAUUGGGGGUUAAGAGUCUGGUGGCAGCAGCAAUGGCCGCUCUCCUGUUGUACCUGACCAGACACUCUUACCUCCACAAAGGCCAAAGCUGGGAGCUCAUUGUUGUGGUUCCUGUGGUUUAUACGCUGUUCAUCAGCCUGGGAGUCCUGGGUCCGUCUGAGGUGGAGGUGUCAUCCAUCUGUGAGGAGAGGAAGAUGAACGUGGCACACGGCCUGGCCUGGUCCUUCUACGUCGGUUACCUGCAGCUGGUGCUGCCAAGUUUGGGGAAGUCCAUCGAUUCAUUUCGUGCCUCUCAUCGUAACAGCUUCUGGGGUCAGGGCCCCCAGAAGCUCCUCAUCCUCAUUCCUCUCAACACCAACAUCUCCCACAAGCUGGAGGACGAAGACAAUUACAUCCAGUUCUAUGACAGCCUCCCAAACAGUCAGCUGGACAGGGCGGGAAUCCAGGGCCGGGUCUACAAGCACAGUGUCUACCGGGUGCAGGACGAGAAUGGCAAGGCCCAUGACUGUGCCGUGGAGUACGCCACCCCCCUGCUGACACUCUACCGCAUGUCCCAGGACAGACGGGCAGGGUUUGGGGAGUCUGAACGCAGACAGCAGGUUCUCCUCUUCUACAGGACCCUGCAGGACAUCCUGGAGCAGUCGCAGGAGUGCCGCAACCGCUACAGACUCAUCCUGCUCAAAGAUGAGCACCAGGACGACCCUCAUUUCUUGUCCAAAACAAUCCUGAAACACCUGGAGCAGCAGAACAAAGAGGAGUUCUGUGUCAACCCAGCAGCUCCGCAGCAAGAGACAAAAAAUCCUGUGCAGAUGGGAGACUGGCACAACCCGGAAGAAAUAAGCCGAGAGCCCACGCUGAUGAUCAGCCUGGAGAGACCCCAGCCUUUGAGGGGACCCGUUGAGGACACCGACAUCCACUACAGAGCAACAUAAACUGCAGCCCGAGGAGAGAGGAACCCAGAUCUGCGCACCAUCCUUGGCAUAAUGCUCAAGUUCUGGAGUCAAUGUUAUGCAGAUGGUUCAGAGACCUAAACAUUAGGGCCUCCUGGUCCUACUGGUUACUUUGUUCUGAUUGAUUGAAUGCCACAAACAUCUUAUUGACUUUUAUAAAAUUUAACCUUUAAGAAGCAUUUUAGCUUGAUAUUUUUUUAUUGUGGAGUGCCAUAGCUUUUUUCUGAGUAUACCGCCGUUGCGCCCCUGAUUUUCCCUAACAUAGACACAAACAGCCUGUAGUCGUGUUGUGUUGCAGAAUAAUUGGCGGCUCUGACACCCUAUGAAUAUUUUAGACACCUACAAACUUGUAUGAUUACUCCUCUCUCCCUCCUCCAUGUGUUACUGCAGGUGUGACACUAGGAUCCAAACAAUACUUGAAAUCUCUCUGUCCACAUGAAUCAUCACAGAGAGGUGGUGACUAAGUUUUCCCCCUACUUCUAUUUGCUGAAUUUUUCCCCCCAUAAAAUUACAAAAAUACAAAUACUCCAUAACAAAAGAACAAACAUCAGACGUCAGAGGACAUCCUAUGCACCACCGGUCAAAACAGAUCGAUCAUACCACAUGUUUUUGCUGAAAUAAUAUAUGAUAGGUUGCCAUGUUGAGUAAAACAUUUACCAUUUCUCCUUCAACAAAUUCAACAAUUUCAAACUGGAUGCCUAAGAUGUCUUUUUUCCUCAAGAUUUUGGAGAGGGUUUAAAAUAUAUUCUUCCAAAAUGCUGAAUUAUGAGGACAACUUUAAAAACACAUGUGCCAGGUAGGCUGGUCCCUGGGUGCAUCUAUCACUAGACGGAAGGAAACAUCCUUGACUGUUUCAGUUUGGAUAAAUUUAAUCUGUGUAGAACCUCGACCUGCAGAGGUUCAGGCCUCUAAUACAUACAGAAGGGGAAAAAAUGUUUUCUUGGGCUUUAACCAUUGAUUGCCAGCUGUGUUCGCUCAUAGGUCUUCCUGUCAGGUCUCUUUCAGAUGGCCUGGAUCAGGGAUCACCAACCUUUUUGAAACUAAGAGCUACUUCAUUGGUGCUGUGUCAUACGAAGGGCUACAAGUACUGACCUUUAAACUAGAAGAGUCUGAGCUCACCUUAACUUUAUGUAAAAUAAACACGUUUUUUAUGCCUUGUUAUAGAUAUUGUCAUUCUUUAAUCUAUAAAAAUGCAAGUGUGAACAAACAGGGAGAGUAAGAGAAUAAAGGUUUUAGAUGCAGCUCACUGGUGGAUUGUGCUGUUUUUAGAACAGGCUCGUGGGCACCACAUGUGGUCCUCAGGGGAUACUUGGUGCCCGCGUGCACCAUGCUGGAGAUCCCUGGACUAGGCAUUGAGUUUGAUGAGGCCUCAAUAUUCCUGAGUCAUUCAUCCAAAGAUAUUUAAAUUGAGUUAGGACUGAAUAAGGAACCUUGUUAAAACCGUUCUUAUUCAUACUUUUUGAUCAUUUC